ACAAAGACAUAUGAAUUAGUUGAAGUCAUGUGAAUUAAAAGGCUUAGUACUAUUGGAGAGCGAGAAAAGCUGUCAAGAAAAAAUAAGAAAAAUAGAAAUCUAUAAAAUCUAUUUAAAAUAAUAAAACAACAGAAAAUACAAAAGACAUGAGCAAAUGGCGUUACGACCUAGAAUAAAAAAUAUUUUACUUUGAAGCGAAAACUGGAAAGCAACACAUUAAACUACAAUUGAAAACGUCAGAUUCGCAAUGAAAAUUAUUCGUAAAAUAUUGUGUUUACCUGAAGCUAAGCAAGAAGAGAAAGUCGAAAAUGAAAUUAUUUCCCAGUAUAUAGAAACUUCAACUAUACAUGGGAUCAGUAAAAUCAAUCACUCCAAAGUUUCCUACUUUCGAAUUUUCUGGCUGGUGAUUUUUUUUGCAUUUGUUGGCUCGUUGUCGAUAAACUCAUUCAAAAUUUCGCGUAAGUUGUUUGCGUACGAACAUGUUACUGUGGAAAGCGAUAGUAUCCAACAAGGUAGCAUGGAAUUCCCAACAGUGACAAUAUGCAAUUCGAAUCCUUACCCGAUGAACAAAUUGCUACCACUCAUGCGUGAAAUUAAUCCAUACGUGACCAAGCCAGAGGGUAAUGCGAGAAUAAAGGAAUUUGCAGAGACCUUUCACGCUGUGACCAAUCACUUAGCAAAAAAAAGAAACUUAAAUCUUUCCAUGUAUGGGCAAGAUUUUCAAUCUUUCUCUGCACCCCAACAAUGUGUUUUCAAUCAUAAAGAAUGCAACGCGAAUCUCUCUCAAAUCACACUUCCUGAAGGUGGCAACUGUUUUGUCUUCAACAACAAUGGCCAUGCUAGGCAAUCUAGACCUGGCGUGGAUUUUGGGUUUAAGAUUUUCGUCGAUAUCGACCAAGAAAACUAUUUGCCAUACUCUACGUCUAUUUAUCCCGUAGGUGUCAAACUUACAAUAAAUGCAGCAGGCAAUCCAACAGAGAAGCAGAUUCUUGCAAGUCCAAACCAAUUAACGAGGAUAGUGAUUCAGAAGACCAAAUAUCAUAGAUUGAAAUCCCCUUAUCAAGAUAACUGCACGGAUGAUGGGGCAGGUUUGAAAUGGACUUCUGGCAAUUAUUCGGUCAAGUCAUGUCUGUCGUGGUGUUACAUAUCUAAAAUGAGAGAGGAAUGUGGCUUUGUGAGUGACAGUGUAAGCAUAUUUGCAAGACACUUCUUGAAUCUUACUUUAAAAUUCGCAGAGACUACUGAAGAAAUUUCGUGCAUUAAUUCGUACGACUUAGCUUAUAGCAAUGGAAGAUUUCGUUGCGAUUGCCCUCCGUUAUGUGAAGAGGUUAUCUACACUACUUCUGUGUCAACAGCUCUGUGGCCUUCCAAACCCGAAAAGAAAUUUUAUUCUCAAAUUCUGCGUGAAACUUUCAACGUUUCUACACUCACAGAACAAUACAUAUCUGAUAACAUCGUUGGCAUUCAUAUCACCUUCGAAGAUUUCACUGUGAAAUCUACAAUACAUAAGGAGGCUUACGAUUUGACAAUGUUUUGCUCAGAGCUCGGAGGGAACUUCAGCUUGUGGAUUGGAGCGUCCAUUUUUUCGUUGCUUGAAUUGGCCGAAUUUUUGAUGAACUUGUGCUGCGGUAUCGUUUAUAAACUUUUCUGCGGGAAGAAAAAAAACAAAAGUACAACAAAUUGACGUAAGAUAAAAGCAGAAGACAUCUUUUAAAAAAAAUUGAAUUUAUUGACAUUGAUUAAUAUUAUCAUUAUUACUUUAUUACUUGUAGUUAACUCGUGAGAAGUACAAGGGUUCGCCCGUGGACUUCUCACGAGUUAACUACAAGUAUAUUUCUGUCCUCAGAUCAUUACACGUGACACAGAUCCCAGGCAUCGCCAGUACGUGCAUCCUUAGCAAAGAAAUAGGAAUUCGGCUACCAUUUUGAAUAAAAACGCAGAGAUUUUUUUAUUUAUUUACUUUCUUUGACAUUAACUGGUAAAAUAGUAGAGUAAUUAAUAAUAAAUAUAUUUUCUUCACUCUUCCACCUCUCAACAAGCAUACUUUUACUAUCCCAAAAUCUAUUUUUUUGGGCCAACGCACGUUUAUUAAUCAGAAUUCGUUUGAUUAAAGUAAUCAAGGCUAAAUUUCUAAACGUGUAGAAAUAAGGCUGAUGCACGAUCUUUCCCUUGUUUACUCUUUCUUUCUCCCUCGGUAGGUAGGUAGGUAUCCGACAUUUUGCAUUUAGGGGUGUACAUGACUUGGACGUCAAAUCAGAGUUAUUCGUAAUCAGAACUAUUCGUUUUACUACAACACAAACAUUUCUCUCGUAGUAAUUUUUUAGUUAACUUUUUUUGUAUAUUUAUUAUAAUUUUUCGCACUAUGAAUUAAAUAAAAUUAUUUCAGAUUAUAAAAUCAAUUAUAGAAAAGAAACAGGACAAUAGUAGUUUUAAUAGAUCAAAUCACAGUAAAAUUCGCUUAAUACCCUAGUGUGAACCAACCUUACAACCCUAGUGCGAUCCAAGCUUUAACCCUAUUCGGUCCGGGGUUUUUCGAACAUACUAUGACCGGGGGGGGGCGGAUUCCGCCCCCCCCUCAAUAACUUUUUAUAGGGUUGAUCAUAUUGAAUCAAACUUGGCACACUUAUAGUACGUCAUAAAAGGAACAAAAUGGCGCCAAAAAAAAUUUGCUUGCGUCAGCACAUUUUCUGUGACGUCAUCAAAAGCUUAAAAAUUUUUAAAAAUGCCACUAUCUGCUUAAAAUAUAAUUACUUUUGUUCUAGAGCGAAUUUUUACAUUCUGUUUGAAGUUUCUGAAAGCCAAAUAAAAGUUAUUUAACAUAUCUUCCGGUUUUUACAUGGAUCGGAUAAAAAAUUGCCAAAAAUUGCCCGAAAAUCCGUUUUUUUCCGAUUUUCGGGUAAAAUCCGACAAAAUCGGGGAAUCGGAUUAGUCACGUGUUCAAAUUAUUCAAAAUGAUUCUUCUUAAUAAAACAAAGUUGUGUUGCAAGUUUCAAGUUCUAAGGAUAAUCCUAACAGGAGUUAUUAUAUUUUCUCCAUUAUAAGGAUUUCAUAGAGAUUUUUAGGGGUAGUUUCGAGUAAUGGCCAAUAUCAAAGCCUCUGAAAGGUAUGGGACCUAAAAAAUUUACAUGCAGGUGUCUAAUAGAUAAAUGUUAAAACUCAGUAAGUAUCAUAGCCAUAUAACAAAGCAAUCAGGAGUUAUUAAAAAAAACCGUCAGGGGGGGCGGAAUCCGCCCCCCCCGGACCGAAUAGGGUUAAAACUCUGAAGCGAACCAAGCUUUAAAACUCUGAAGCAAACCAAGCUUUAGGCAUGUCGAUUUUUUAAGAAUUCCGAUGAAAACAAAAUCUUUGUUGUCGUAAAGAAAGUGCGUCUAGAUUUUUUCGAUCUUUUGACUUACACCAACCUCAUUCUCAGCGCAUUUUGCAUUUUUCAAUAUAUUUACGUAGCUAUGGUUCCGGGUCCAAUUGACUCUGGGCACACAAUUGACUCUGGGCACACAAUUUACUCUGGGCACACAAUUGACUCUGGACACACAAUUUACUCUGGGCACACAAUUGACUCUGGGCACAUAAUUUACUCUGGGCACACAAUUGACUCUGGGCACACAAUUUACUCUGGGCACACAAUUGACUCUGGACACACAAUUUACUCUUGACACACAAUUUACUCUGGGCACACAAUUGACUCUGGGCACACAAUUUACUCUGGGCACACAAUUGACUCUGGGCACACAAUUGACUCUGGGCACACAAUUGACUCUGGACACACAAUUUACUCUUGACACACAAUUUACUCUGGACACAUAAUUUACUCUGGGCACACAAUUGACUCUGGACACACAAUUUACUCUGGACACACAAUUGACUCUUGACACACAAUUUACUCUGGGCACACAAUUGACUCUGGGCACACAAUUUACUCUGGGCACACAAUUGACUCUGGGCACACAAUUGACUCUGGACACACAGUUUACUCUGGACACACAAUUGACUCUGGACACAUAAUUUACUCUGGACACACAAUUGACUCUGGACACACAAUUUACUCUGGGCACACAAUUGACUCUGGUCACACAAUUGACUCUGGACACACAGUUUACUCUGGACACACAAUUGACUCUGGACACACAAUUUACUCUGGGCACACAAUUGACUCUGGUCACACAAUUGACUCUGGGCACACAAUUGACUCUGGUCACACAAUUGACUCUGGACACACAAUUUACUCUGGGCACACAAUUGACUCUGGUCACACAAUUGACUCUGGACACACAAUUUACUCUGGGCACACAAUUGACUCUGGACACAUAAUUUACUCUGGGCACACAAUUGACUCUGGGCACACAAUUGACUCUGGACACACAAUUGACUCUGGACACACAAUUUACUCUGGGCACACAAUUGACUCUGGUCACACAAUUUACUCUGGACACACAAUUUACUCUGGGCACACAAUUGACUCUGGGCACACAAUUGACUCUGGACACACAAUUGACUCUGGACACACAAUUUACUCUGGACACACAAUUGACUCUGGACACACAAUUUACUCUGGGCACACAAUUGACUCUGGUCACACAAUUGACUCUGGACACACAAUUUACUCUGGGCACACAAUUGACUCUGGACACAUAAUUUACUCUGGACACACAAUUUACUCUGGGCACACAAUUGACUCUGGACACACAAUUUACUCUGGACACACAAUUUACUCUGGGCACACAAUUGACUCUGGGCACGAAGAUAUUUUUAAAGGCUUGUUGACUCAAGAAUUUUGAAUUUACGAGACAAUUAAUUUUACCAGGAAAUUUUAUUGCGAUUUGAAAGAAAUAAGAAAUUUUAUCCACGCAUAGUCACACAAAAGGGAGAGUCUGGGCUCUCAGACCAAUACAGUAAAUGUUAUUUUUUACCGUGUUGGCCCGUAGCCAAAAAAAGGUGCACGAUGACAUUUAAAACAGCUGUUUCUCAAGGUUUUUUUUGGAUCCUGAGAAUUAGGUGUCAAAAUCGUCCUCAGGAU